UCACGCUGGAAGGGGAACAAGGAAGUUAAAAAAACGAGCGAGGAGGAAAUCUGAAGUGAAGUGGAUCAGUGUGUGAGUCCGACUCCCGUUUCAACACUGUUACUUCACAGUUGCUCUUACCCGCUGAACACCAUGGCUCAAGCAGACAUUGCACUGAUUGGAUUGGCUGUCAUGGGCCAGAACCUCAUCAUGAACAUGAAUGACCAUGGCUUCGUGGUCUGUGCUUACAACCGCACCGUGUCCAAGGUUCACGACUUCCUGAAGAAUGAGGCGAAGGGCUCCAAGGUGAUCGGAGCAGAGUCUCUGGAGGACAUGGUGUCCAAGCUGAAGAAGCCCAGGAGGAUCGUCCUGCUGGUCAAGGCUGGACAGGCUGUGGACGACUUCAUCGACAAACUGGUUCCUCUUCUGGAGGCCGGGGAUAUCAUCAUCGACGGUGGCAACUCUGAAUACAGAGACACAACACGGCGGUGCAAGAGUCUGAAAGAGAAGGGCUUGCUGUUUGUCGGCAGCGGGGUCAGUGGUGGAGAGGAAGGGGCGCGUUAUGGACCCUCGCUCAUGCCAGGAGGACAUAAGGAGGCCUGGCCACAUAUUAAAGACAUCUUCCAGAGCAUCGCUGCCAAGGUCGGAACAGGAGAACCUUGUUGCGACUGGGUCGGAGAUGAGGGUGCGGGUCACUUUGUGAAAAUGGUCCAUAAUGGCAUUGAGUAUGGCGACAUGCAGCUGAUCUGCGAGGCCUAUCACCUGAUGAAGGACAUCCUGGGUAUGGACCACGAUGAGAUGGCACAGGCUUUCGACAACUGGAACAAGACAGAGUUGGACUCCUUCCUCAUCGAGAUCACAGCUAACAUCCUUAAAUUCAGGGACUCUGAUGGGACACACCUGCUGCCCAAGAUCCGCGACAGCGCUGGACAGAAAGGCACAGGGAAGUGGACGGCCAUUUCAGCCCUGGAGUACGGCACACCUGUCACUUUGAUCGGGGAGGCUGUCUUUGCCAGAUGCCUGUCCUCUCUAAAGGAUGAGAGAGUGGAGGCUAGCCGCAGCCUUUCAGGACCCCAGGGGGUCAAAUUCAGCGGUGACAAGGCUGCGUUCCUGGAGGACAUCAGAAAGGCCCUCUACGCCUCCAAGAUCAUUUCCUACGCACAGGGCUUCAUGCUGCUGCGGCAGGCAGCCAAAGAGUUCGACUGGUCCCUCAACUAUGGCGCCAUCGCUCUGAUGUGGCGAGGAGGCUGCAUCAUUCGAAGUGUGUUCCUGGGUAAAAUCAAAGAGGCGUUCGACAGGGACGCUGAGCUGCAGAACUUGCUGCUGGACACCUUCUUUAGUAAUGCUGUGCAGGACUGUCAGGAGUCAUGGCGCAGAACAGUCAGCACUGGAGUCCAGCAUGGCCUCCCUAUGCCCUGUUUCACCACAGCUCUGUCCUUCUAUGAUGGCUACAGACAUGAAAAGCUGCCAGCCAACCUCCUCCAGGCCCAGAGGGACUACUUUGGAGCCCACACAUAUGAACUGCUGUCAAACCCCGGUCACUAUAUCCACACCAACUGGACGGGCCACGGUGGCAAUGUGUCCUCUUCAUCCUACAACGCUUAAAGAUCAUCUUCACAUCACUCAAAAACACAAACAAGAUGGAGGGCCGAGGACGAGGGGAAGUUAUCUGUGAGCAAAGAAGACACAUUCCAUCUUCAUAACCAUGCCUGAAUAUUUAAGAGCCACCCCACCCAAACAAUUACCGUAUCCAACUUUUUACUCCUCUCAAGAGAUGUGUUGCAGUUGUAUUUAUCAAGCAGUAGAAUCAUAGAUUGUGUGUUGUAAACUCUAUACUCUGUGUGUUCUGGUGUAGAGACUUUUAUCAGUCAAAAGAGGAAGCGCACCAAAGUGUUUACUCCAUCUGGAUGCUAUUAAUAUCAUGCUGGCCAUCAGGCUAAUGUUCACCAGUCAUGCUGGGCCCAGGGUUCACCAUGUUAACACUGGAUUAAGGUGAACCGUUGCACUGUACUGUAUUAGGCUAAAUAAAGAUUUCAAUCCCUUUA